AUCCAAUGAAUUUGCUUGUCACUAUAAAGUGAAAGCGAUGGCCGGAUUCAAGCGUCUAUGAUUCGAUUCAAGCAAGCGAUUGUGAAGGCUGUGUUUCUGCAUCUCUAUCAAAGGCACUUCAAGAAAGCGAACUGGUGCUACUCAUAUACUCUUGCCUUUACUAAUGGGUAAUAUAACUAGGACAGCAGUUAUUCUGCUGGCUGGAUCUUUUCUGUUUGUUGCGGCCAGUCCUCUAGCAUGUGAUGAAGAUCAGCUCAGUGCUGAAAUCGAAAUAGACGCUAACAGUCUUCAAGUCACAUUAACAAUUACAAAUACUGACAAACAACAAGGAGCUUGUGCACUGAAAUGGAAUACAAUGAUGGACAAUCUGUACUGGGCCAGUGCUGUUGAGGUGUGGGAGUUGGAGGGUGAAACACUUCUGCCCUAUUCAAAACCCGUGAUUCCUCUUCGCCAAAAUAUCUUGGAUUCUGAUUAUGAAUACUUUGGAAAGGGUGCAUCCAAACAGUUUACUAGAAACCUGGGUACUUUCUUCUCAUUUGAGGACAACAAUUAUUAUUGGAUUCAAAUCGAAACUAAGAUCCAGGACUGCUACAAAUCAUCAAGUGACUCUUGUUCAUCUCGGGAGGCAAAGCAGCACGAUGAACUGGAAUACAGCAAUACAGACAAAGCAUCAAAAAGUGAGACACUUAUAGCUACAAAAAGACAUACGGCUACUAAACAAACAUUUACAAAAUGGCUGGCGACCCAGUCUCUUCUCUACCAAACUUAUAUAAUUGGAGACCAUACUAUAUUUGCUGCAUUUGGUACCCAUACACCGUCUAAAUUCAAUGACUUAAAGGCUGCUUACGACAAAGCAAAGCAGUACCUUAAGGAAGCUGUUGACUACUUGCAAACUUAUAUAAUUGGAGACCAUACUAUAUUUGCUGCAUUUGGUACCCAUACACCGUCUAAAUUCAAUGACUUAAAGGCUGCUCACGACAAAGCAAAGCAGUACCUUAAGGAAGCUGUUGACUACUUGCAAGACCAGAAAAGAGCAACUCUGCUGUAUGAGAAGUGGUUCGGCGAGUUAAAUCAAGAAAAUUACGAUGAAGUGAAAAAAAAUUUUGUUGACACUAAAAACGGCCUUAAUCAUCCUUACGUGUAUAAUAUUCUCCCUGAGAAGCUAUGUGGGAAAGAUGUAUUGGCAGCCGUGGAUGCCACUCUCAAAGGAAAAAAGCAACAUGUAGUUAAUGUUUGUCCAUUGUUUUUCAAGCCUUCAACGGAAUUGGAUGAACAGAUUAUCACUAUCAUUCAUGAAAUGACGCACGACUCGGCAGCCACUGAAGAUGAAAAGCUGUUAGUGAGGGGUAAGCAAAAAGUAUGCUAUAAUGAACAACUCUGCAAUAAACUGGCUAAAGAUGAUCCAAAAAGAGCAAUUGUCAAUGCAGACAAUUAUGCCCGUUUUGCCAUAGAAGUGAAAAACGCUAGGCAGGAGUUGUAGUAGAGUCUCUGAAUGCAGUAAUUGAGAGAGGUAGAUACGCAUGUAGCCUAGUAUAGAUCUACAUAAUUAUAUAUGAUUAUAUAGAUCUUGAUACAUGGAUAUUUAGAUAUUACUCUUAUUAUAGGUAUGUGUUUUAGAACACUUAGACUUCAUUACUGUGUUAGUGUUUUAGUUACCAUAAUAUAGUUUGUGUUUAGGAAUGUUUAUUGGUAAUUGUAAUUAUCUCUCCUAGAGCAGCGCCUCUUGUUCUGUACAAUAGUUCUUUGUUGUAAAGAGGCCCUGUGCGUCUCUGUGUAUACCAUACCAUGCAUGCAUGUUCAGUUCUGUCAGUUGUUCUCAUUGAUAUCUAAUUGUUGUGUGAA